AAUGUGAUCUGUAAAAUGACCAAAACUAUCAGGGAAAUUACUCUAGCUGUUUCUUCUUUACAAGAUUUCUCAACGGAAUAUAUUCUUCUGAUUGUUUCAGGAGUAAAAGUUCCUCGUAAUUUUCGUCUUUUGGAAGAACUUGAAGAAGGUCAGAAGGGAGUAGGGGAUGGAACAGUUAGCUGGGGCCUUGAAGAUGAUGAAGAUAUGACACUUACGAGAUGGACAGGAAUGAUUAUUGGGCCUCCAAGAACAAUUUAUGAAAACAGAAUAUACAGCCUUAAAAUAGAAUGUGGGCCUAAGUAUCCAGAAGCACCUCCAUUUGUAAGAUUUGUAACAAAAAUUAAUAUGAAUGGAGUAAAUAGUUCUAAUGGAGUGGUGGACCCCAGAGCCAUAUCAGUCCUAGCAAAAUGGCAGAAUUCUUAUAGUAUCAAAGUUGUUCUGCAAGAGCUUCGGCGUCUAAUGAUGUCUAAAGAAAAUAUGAAACUUCCUCAGCCACCUGAAGGACAAUGUUACAGCAAUUAAUUAAAAAAAAAACAAAACCAACAUGCCCCCCCUUAUUCAAUUUAAGCUGUCUUCAUUUUCCACAGUAGUAAAUUUUCUAGAUGCAUCUUGUAGACCUCAAAAUACUGGAAAGGAAGUUCCCAUUCAAAGGAAGUUUUUCUUGAGAUACUGUAAAUGAUACUAAUUUUUUUUUUUUUUCAUUUGAAAUAUAAGUUGUGCUAUAACAAAUAAUCCUGUCGUGUAACCACUGUCCACAUAGCUGAACUUCUGGUAUCAGGAAAAGUCUAUUUAAAUUUAUUACUGUCAAGACCAGUGUGGCACAUCCAACCUAACUGUGAAAGGAUCCAUCCCACAAUCACCUUGCUGUGUGUCUGGCCUGGGUUAUUUUUUUCUUUCUCUGUCUUUUGCAAUAGAGUCGAAGCUCAGGGCUAUUUAUUAGAGUAGACACAAAGGUUUUUGCUUCCAGUACUACACUGGGCUGUAUGGACUACUACUGGGGAUGUGUGCUAACCUCAGUCAUCCCUCCCUUUGUGCUCGCUCUAGUAAAGGCUGAAUGUGACUGUGGUCGUUUUUGGGUUUUUAUUAUUUUUUUAAAUGCCCUGAUAAUCUGGGGCAAGCUUUCCUUCUUUCCUUUGGCCAAGGCAUAGAUUGUAUUUCUCUUCCUGGUCUCCCUCACCAGUGACGUGAUCUUUGGGUGAGGGAUUCAGGGUUCUUUUUAUCUCUUCCCUCUUCCCCUCUUUUUAGUGGGGGUGCUGCUUUCUUUUUGCCCCUCUUGGUGACUCUUCUCACCCCUGGCCCAGGGGUGAGCAUCGGGGCAAUAACUUGACCUGUUCCCUCCUGCUUAUCAUUUUGGUUUUGCAACAAAUUUAGUCUUCACCAGCCUGGGAAACAAGAGUAUCUGUUCUGCUGGCAAGCGUGGGUUUCCCUUCCCUGCAGCACCGCUGCCACACCGCCAAGCUGGCCACGGCCGUGCUCUUAGAUAGGCUUUGACGUGGGGAAAAGAGCAGUAAUUUACCAGGAUUGCCCAAACCUUCUGCUGCCAAACUUCAGUGGGGGAGACUCUGCACAGAGAGAUUCUGAACGCGCUCCAGGUACCCUCAAAUCGCUGUGUUUUGGUGCUUUGGAUUGACCCAAGAAUGUCAAUUAACAAAAUGUUGCACUUGCGUUUGCCCCUUCUAAAGAUGUGACAACCACAGACAAAUCAAAUCCGGGUGGUAGAUUUUAUUAGGGUUCUGUAAGUCUUAGAAAUCUCUUCAGUGAAGAUUUUGGGGAAGCGGUGGCACAGCAGAUUAAGGACUUUGAUUGGCUUUGCAUCCUGGCAAAUCACUGCCUUUUCUGGUUUACUCUUCCGGACCACUAACUGCUGCAAUGUGGAUGCAAGCUUACAGGAAACCAACCUAGUGUGUCCUAAGUUUUAUGAAAAAUUCAGUGUUUG